CAAUUAUUUUCUGUUUAUUUUUAAUUUCGUAAAAUGUCUGUAAUUGUUUUUAGUUAAAUCCAUCAGGUUCCAUGCCGUAACACAAUAAAAUGUGGAAAAAGUCCAAGGAGGGUGCAGACUUUCUAUAGGCACUGUAACUUUUACUUCGCUCAGUUAACGCUACCCCGGGUUCAACAAAGUGGAAUAAUGACACCCAUCGAAUAUUUCUAAGUCACCAAACAAAACGUAAUGGAUGCGAUAUACCUCGAAAUUUUGCCGCCAAAGGAUGAAAAGUCUGCAAAGAAGAAAGGCAAGCUCAGCAAAGCUGAACGAGAGAGGUUGCAGAAGGAAGAGGAAGAGAGGAAACAAAAAGAAGAAGAAGAGGCACGACUCAUUGCAGAGCAAGAGGAAGCAGAGAGAUCAGAAAGGGAAAGGAAGGUCCAGGAGGAGCAAGAGAGACUUGAGUCAAAGGACAGGGAACGCAGAGAGGAUGAGCUUGCUGAGCUCCGGCGCACGCUGGAGGAAAAUCACUGUGCUGUGAAUAAAUGGCGUGCAGACCUCCGAGCAAAGGAAAAGUGGGAUCGUUACAUGAAGUGUGAUGGCAGUCCGGAUCCAUCAGUGCCACAGGAGAUUAACACAUAUAUAAAUCUAUGGAGAGAAAAUACAGAUGUGGAGAUCAAUUGUGUUCUGAAUCAGUGUGCUUUAGCAAUUAAUCUUAUCGAGGAGCUGGAUUACCUUUUAAAUGAAACCCCCAGCUCUGAGUUGAAUGAAAAGGAAGUGCUUCAAUAUAAAGAGAGUAUUCUCAACCUACAAAACCUCAUUUAUUCUAAAUAUAAUGAAGCUACUGAAGAAAUACUUAAGCACUCAAGAGAUCUUGCAGACAUAGAGACGGGGAAUAUGCGCAUUGUGAUGACAACUGUGAAUGUGACGCUGUGCUUGUGGGCAAACCUCAGCAAAAAUCCAAGGUUCAGAGGACUGGAGUUUCAAGAUGCCGGAGUAGCGUUUGAGCUGCCCAAGCAGCUGGCCGUGAGUGACAUCGCCAUCAGGAUCCUGCACACUCACUACGACCACCUGUCCCAUCUGAGCCGCUCCCUCCAGCCCUUGGCCAGAAGGGCUCUCGCGGGGACCGGGGCGGCGUCUCCAGCGGGGGGCCGCGUGGAGGAGCAGGACCAAGGCCAAACGGAGGCCGCUCACAUCCCUGAAGAUGAGACCCGCUCCGUUAAGUCUGACGAUAGGAAGAGUGCCCUGAGCACAACAUCAGCUAAAGAGGAAUCAAGCUCUGUGGAGAAAAAGACAGAUGAGGAUGGAGAAAGUAAGCCCGAAAGCCAUUCAGAGGAAACAGUUAUUGAUGCACAGGAAGAAACAACUGGUGCUCCACAGGAGCAUGAAGAAGAUAUUUUGGAAGAAGAUGCUGUUGACCUGCACCAGUUCACACCAUUAGGGGGAGUCUACUACUAUGAUGUCUUCAGGUUGCCCCCACAAUCCAAAGACAUUAAAGGAUGGACAAUCACAGAACUCUCAGAAACAGGACUCCAGCCAUUUCCAUACCCCUUGGAACAAAACCUACCACAGACCUCAGGGUCUGCUAAGUCGGAGGAGAGGGAGAGGGAGAGUGACAAUUUGACUUCUCCGCCAGUAGGGGUCACCAUUAGUCUUCCUGAUUCUGUCACGUUUUUGGAGGACCCUCAGGUUGCUAGAUGGGAUGGCACUGGUCAUCAGUGGAAAACAGACCGUAUAAGCGAUGUGAAGUAUGAUAAAGAGGCAAAGAAAAUUUAUUUCAAGAUGGAUACAUUCUAUAUCUUCACACUUAUGCAGGAUUCUUAUGUUAAUAUGCCAUUUCAGUUUUGGGAGCUCAGACCCCUUGGACUGAAUACAGCUCUUUUCACUGUCACGGCUGCCAUCUCUGAAGUUGAAAUAACAAUAAAGGAUGACAAAUGCAUGCUAAAUAUCACAGCCAGCGACAGCAGCCUUUCCCAGAUCAGAGGAAAAUGGAUGACCCCAUCGGCUCUCAUACGAGCAAUGAGAAGUGCUGGUGUUAAUAUAUUUGUGGAUGAAUAUUCAGACAGAUAUGUCAGCGUUAAUGAAAAGGACCCCCAGCUGGAGCAAGCUGCAUAUGACCAGAUGGCCUUGGUUUCAUCGGCGUAUGCCUUUUGCUGGAGCCAGUGGAAUGCAGAGCAAGGGAAAGAACACCUAGUUAUGCAGGUGAGUGAGCACCUCAAGACUGAUCCGGUGUCCGAGGAAGAGUGGAGUCUGUAUUUGCUCAGCACUCAAAAAGCUAUGCGCCUGAAGAACAGAGAGUACUACGAAUCUUUCUCAACAGAACUGGCUGAAGGCAGCGAGUUUCAUUCUACAUUCCUACACAUGCUAAAAGAAAGAAUGUGUGAUGCAGCACUCGACAGAAUUAAUCGUUCUCAUUAUCUAUUUAUCGACUGUGUACAAAAACUCCUGUAUGCAACCAGGGUAUUAACAUACUCAUGAAGUAUAUGCUUAAACAAUUACUUUAUUGUGCACAUUUCCACUUCUUUUGAAAGAUAUUAAAGUGUUUUCAUUUACCUUUAGGAAUUACACCGCAACUUCUUUUAUAAUAUAGACAUUGAUUAACCAAACAGAAAAACAACAGCCCUGCAAAGUAAAAAUGUUCACAUUUUCCCACACUGUUCUCUCUGAUUAUGUCAUUUUAAUUUUUAAAAAUCAUAAAAUAAGUUAAAGUUUACUUCAAAAAUUAAAACAAAAUCAAUUACCUGAUUAUCAGUGCUUAUUACCCUAAAUGUGCAUGGUAAUUUCUCAUUGUGUAUCAUGUUAAAGUGAAAAGUGGACUUCAAAAAGGCAGUCUUAUUCAGUAAACCAAGGGACUAUCAGCAUGAAGUGCAAUUUCUGUAAUAAAAAUGCCGUAAGAACAACAGCCAUUAAAAGUCUAAACAACGA